GGGAAUGCAAUGGCUACUUUCGACCUCAAUACGGCCAUCAAUUGGGACGAGGUGGAGGAUCAAUACGAUGGCCAUGCGGAGGACAUGAACUACGUCUACGUAUUCGAGGAGAGCGACGGCGAAGAUGAAGCCGCCCAGCAGAACAAUGGCGGAUUCGGAAGCAGCGGAAACAACCCUUCGCACGACACGGAGGACCCAGGAGGAAGCUGCGACAACGGAAACAACAACCAGUGCACCAUGGAGGCGCAAGGAGAAAGUGGCGGUGCUGGUCCGAACCGCACAGACCGGGUACACGGCGCGGACGCUGACGGCGGCAGUGGCGGCGUUGGUCUUAGCCGCACCGACCGCAUGCACGAGGAUGACCCGUCCAGCGGAGGAAGCACCAGCCACAACCGUGGACGCCUCCGUCGUCGUCCGGGUGCAUGCCGCAGUCCGCGAGCGCGUCGCCGUCCGCGAGCGGGAGCAGGCCGACAUCCACGGGCGCACCGCCUACCGGGAACACGCCGCCUUCCCGGCACAGGUCGCUGUCCGAGAGCGCGCCGCCUCCCACGAGUGUGUGGCCGUCCACGGGAGCGCCGCCUACCGGGAACACGUCGCCCGCUGGCUGUCCUCCCACAACCACGAUGGAUGGAUGUCAUCCAUGGAGAUGUACAGGAUGUGGAGGAGAAGGGAGAGUGGGAUGUGGAGAAUGGGAAGCUGAGAUGGGACCGGUGGGCAGGAGAGGAAGAGGUAGGCGUCUGGCUGCCUUGGGAAGACGCGAAGGACGUGCAUGGGAGAGAGAGACGGGAGUAA